UCAGUCCCUAUUUGGAACUGCUCUCGCGGCAGUUCAGACCUCGUGCUCGUCCCCCUCGCCUGUCUGUGUGUGGUAUCCGCAGGUCCGGGGCACUUUUUUGGGUGUGUGUGUGUGUGUGUGUUUGGUAGUGUGUGUUUGGGGGGUUUGUCGGGGCGCGGAGAGGACAGCCAGGCCGAGGGGAAGGAAGGAAGCCGCAGAGCUCCCGGGUCUCCGGCUGCGCUCUCCUGCCUGUGCGCUCCGAGGCGGCUGCGGUGGCGGCGCCGAGCGCUCCUCGCCGAGGACGCGGCGCUGGAGCUGGGAACAGCGAGGACCCAUUUGCGGAGGCUUCCUGUGCCCGCUGGAGUUAGGAUGCCAGGGCGGCUGAUUUGCACCUACUGAGCCUGGAGUUUCCUCCUCGGCCCUGGGAAGGGCUUGCAGCGGCGGCGGCGGCGGCGGCGGCAGUAGCAGACGGAACAGCAGGCUCUCCUCUCCGAGGGGGGGCGUCGAAGCGCCCGCGCCGGGCUCCCGCCCUCACCCUCCGGCGCUCCUGCGGCCCCCAGCCACCACAUCGGUGCUUGCCUCCUUCCUCUUCUCCACGAGCGCCGCCUCUGGGAUCGGACCCGCGCGCCCCGGAUGCUGGGGCAGCCUCGGCGCGCCCCCCUCGCGGCGCGAGGCGCUGAGUGAUCCCGGAGGGGGCCCUCAGUCGCCCCAGGAGGGGACCCCGGCCUCGAGACCCCGCGCCGGAGCCACCGUGGAGACGACGAUGUCCGCACAGCGCCCGGCUCUGAAGCGCUCCACGCAACUGGGGGAAGGCGGCCGGCCGCAGCCCGCCGAGCCCUAGGCGCACAAAGCCCGCGCCCGCCGCCCGGCCUCGGCGCCCGCCGACGACUUUGCCGCCUGCUCCGCAGCUCUUUGUCUCGACUUGGGGCGAGCGCCCGACUCUGGGAUUUCGCUGCGAGAGCGGGCUGGGGGGGCCGGGGGCGAGCUCUAGGUUUCCCGGCCGCCCCCCGCUGGGGCUUGGCUCCCCCCUCCCGCGUACCUCCCCGGCCCGAGCUCUCGGCGCUUCUACGCUCUCGGAAUCACGACCCCUCCCUGCCAUGUAUCCGCAAGGCAGACAUCCGGCUCCCCAUCAGCCCGGGCAGCCGGGAUUUAAAUUCACGGUGGCUGAGUCUUGUGACAGGAUCAAAGACGAAUUCCAGUUCCUGCAAGCUCAAUAUCACAGCCUCAAAGUGGAGUACGACAAGCUGGCGAACGAGAAGACGGAGAUGCAGCGCCAUUACGUGAUGUACUACGAGAUGUCCUACGGCCUGAACAUUGAAAUGCACAAGCAGACAGAGAUUGCGAAGAGAUUGAACACGAUUUUAGCACAGAUCAUGCCUUUUCUGUCACAAGAGCACCAGCAGCAGGUGGCCCAGGCGGUGGAGCGUGCCAAGCAGGUCACCAUGACGGAGCUAAACGCCAUCAUCGGGGUACGUGGACUCCCCAAUCUGCCUCUCACCCAACAGCAGCUCCAGGCCCAGCACCUCUCCCACGCUACGCAUGGCCCCCCGGUCCAGUUGCCUCCCCACCCAUCAGGCCUGCAGCCUCCAGGGAUCCCCCCGGUGACGGGGAGCAGCUCGGGGCUGCUGGCGCUUGGCGCCCUGGGCAGCCAGGCCCACCUGACUGUGAAGGACGAGAAGAACCACCAUGAGCUGGACCACAGAGAAAGAGAAUCCAGUGCGAAUAACUCCGUGUCACCCUCAGAAAGCCUCCGGGCCAGUGAAAAGCACCGGGGCUCCGCGGACUACAGCAUGGAAGCCAAGAAGCGGAAAGCCGAGGAGAAGGAUAGUCUGAGCCGAUACGACAGUGACGGGGACAAGAGUGACGAUCUGGUGGUGGAUGUUUCCAACGAGGACCCCGCGACGCCCCGGGUCAGCCCGGCACACUCCCCUCCUGAAAAUGGGCUGGACAAGGCCCGCGGCCUGAAAAAGGACGCCCCCACUAGCCCCGCCUCAGUAGCCUCCUCCAGCAGCACACCUUCCUCCAAGACCAAAGACCUUGGUCAUAACGACAAGUCCUCCACCCCUGGGCUCAAGUCCAACACGCCUACUCCAAGGAACGAUGCCCCGACUCCAGGCACCAGCACGACCCCAGGGCUCCGGUCGAUGCCGGGCAAACCUCCAGGCAUGGACCCGAUAGGUAUAAUGGCCUCGGCCUUGCGCACGCCCAUCUCCAUUACCAGCUCCUACGCGGCCCCCUUUGCCAUGAUGAGCCACCACGAGAUGAAUGGCUCGCUCACCAGCCCGAGCGCCUACGCCAGCCUCCACAACAUCCCACCGCAGAUGAGCGCCGCGGCGGCUGCCGCCGCCGCUGCCUAUGGCCGAUCGCCAAUGGUGAGCUUUGGAGCUGUUGGUUUUGACCCUCACCCUCCCAUGCGGGCCACCGGCCUUCCCUCAAGCCUUGCCUCCAUUCCUGGUGGAAAACCGGCGUACUCUUUCCACGUGAGUGCUGACGGGCAGAUGCAGCCCGUGCCCUUCCCCCACGACGCCUUGGCCGGUCCUGGCAUCCCCCGCCAUGCCCGGCAGAUCAACACGCUGAGCCACGGGGAGGUGGUGUGUGCUGUGACCAUCAGCAACCCCACGCGGCACGUCUACACGGGGGGCAAGGGCUGCGUGAAGAUCUGGGACAUCAGCCAGCCAGGCAGCAAGAGCCCGAUCUCCCAGCUGGACUGCUUGAACAGGGACAACUACAUCCGCUCAUGCAAGCUGCUCCCCGACGGGCGCACGCUCAUUGUGGGUGGCGAGGCCAGCACGCUCACCAUCUGGGACCUGGCCUCGCCCACGCCCCGCAUCAAGGCCGAGCUGACGUCCUCAGCCCCUGCCUGCUACGCCCUGGCCAUCAGCCCUGACGCCAAAGUCUGCUUCUCCUGCUGCAGCGACGGCAACAUCGCCGUGUGGGACCUGCACAACCAGACCCUGGUCAGGCAGUUCCAGGGUCACACAGACGGGGCCAGCUGCAUAGACAUCUCCCACGAUGGCACCAAGCUGUGGACCGGAGGCCUGGACAACACCGUGCGCUCCUGGGACCUGCGUGAGGGCCGGCAGCUGCAGCAGCAUGACUUCACCUCCCAGAUCUUCUCACUGGGCUACUGCCCCACUGGGGAGUGGCUGGCUGUGGGCAUGGAGAGCAGCAACGUGGAGGUCCUGCACCACACCAAGCCGGACAAGUACCAGCUGCACUUGCACGAGAGCUGCGUGCUGUCACUGAAGUUUGCCUACUGUGGCAAGUGGUUCGUGAGCACUGGGAAAGACAAUCUCCUCAAUGCCUGGAGGACGCCGUACGGAGCCAGCAUAUUCCAGUCCAAGGAAUCCUCAUCUGUCUUGAGUUGUGACAUUUCGGCGGAUGACAAAUAUAUUGUAACAGGCUCUGGUGACAAGAAGGCCACGGUUUAUGAGGUCAUCUACUAAACAAGGACUCUACUGGGCUGUCAGACUCUGGGAGAGACAGACUCGGCGGUGACAGGGCGACCCCGCGAGGGGCCCCGAGGCUGGCAGAGGCUGGCGGCGGGCAGCCGAGUGGUCCAGGGCUGCGCUCCGGCAGGCCGAGAGGGCGCGCCCGCCACAGUCCAGACCCCUGGGCAUGGACCCCUGUGUCUCGAGGACUCCGGUGGAUAUCUCUCCUCCUCCCCGUCCACAACCCUGGCAGAUGCUACAAGUAGAUCUCUUUGGAGGGUUGGGGCUCCAACCCCCCAACAGACGCCCUCGUGAAUCUCCAUCUUUCCUUCCCCUCUAUUUUGCUCUGUCCCCCUGCCCCGGGUCGGGGAUGCCGGAGUGGACCACGUGCUUGUGUUGGGGGAGGGGGGGAAUCUCAUUUUCCCGAUUGUGCAGCGCACAAUGUUUGUGAAAAAUGUAAAUAACAGACUCCUCUAUCUCGGACUGGUCAGUGGGGGAGGAGGCUCCUUCCCACCGAAAACGCUAGCCGUGUACUUCGCCUGCUGUAUUUGUAACCCACUCGUGGUGGUGGCUUUUUUUUUUUUUUUUUUAAAGGGACAUUCCCACCUGGGAAGGGGAGGCCGGGAGGGGGAGCCAAAUGGAGAGGGCGUGGAGGGGGCAGAGGAAGGGAGCUGCAGCCCGUGACCAGACUGACUAGGAAGUGGGGGUCCCUGGGACGAGCGCACCUCCCCGAGGACUUGGGAACAGCCUGAGUCCUGUCAGGACCCUGGCAAGGCUUGCUUGGUGGCCAGCUGGGCUGACGAAGGUCAGACUUCCUGUGGCCGCCUGCGCUUGCCUCCCUCUGUCUCAGGGGACUGACUUGCUCUCUCUUUCCUUCUUGUCUCCCUCACUCACGCUCUCUCUCUCUUUGGUGCACACUCAGUUAUGGUGAGAGGUGGAGGCAUAAAGGAACUCCAUCUCUGGACCUUCUUGAUCUUCGGAUACAACCUUCAAAGGACAGAAAGAGGAAAGCAUAGCAACUCAGCUCAGGGAGCUACCAGAGAAAAAUAGCAAAACUGAUGUGGGUGCUUUUUUUUUUUUUUUAAUUUGAAUAAAAAGAGUUAGAAUCGAUGUCCUUUAUAAAAUGCCUUCUCCCCCCCUUUCCUGCUUCUGACCCCCUCUCUCCCUAGAGGGGAAAAGCGUAAUCAACCUAUAUAAGAGUUGGGAGUCCGAAGGGAUACUCUCCCCCCCACCCCCUCCCCAACCCGGGCCCACCCCAGGGGGCACAGCAGGGCUCAAGGGACCUGGGGUUGGGUGGGGACACCGGUCCUGGCACUGUGGUGAUUUCUUGUAGCUUUCAGUCUUUCCUUGGAGCCCAAACAGUUUACAGGUAGAAAUAUCGUCUCCUGUAGGUGCCACUCUUUGGUACCAAAAUGUUCUGAGGUAUUAGGAUUUGGGUUUUUUUGUUUUUGUUUCUGUUUUUUCCUCCCUUCUUGGUCUUUUUUUUUUUUUUUUUUCUUUUAAGGAAAAGCUAAAGGCCGAUGUGAGUCCUGGUGAUGGGCUCUCCGUGGAUGUAGCAUAUGGAAGAUAAUUUUGAUACUGCAUUUUUAUGGAUUAUUUUAUAAUGUGUGAUUCUGUCUGGUGAGAAAGAAGGAAGGGGCCCCAGUGGAAACUGCCGGUCUUCAGUGAUCUUGCUCCAGGCGAGCAGCUCCCGUGACGUGACCCAGAGACUGUGGAGACGGGCUGGGUGCCCUGUACCUUUCGGAGGGUGGGGAGGGGCCGUCUGGAGAAUUUCUCUCUCUCUCUCUCUGGGUCCCAGGUAUGCCUCUGCCGUGUCUUGUUAAAGGCUCCAGCCACAAGGGAGGGUGAGGGUAGAAGAAAGUUGAUUCCUGAAGAAAAAAAGAAAAUGAAAAGUCAUUGUAAUGAGCUGUUUUUAUAUUUUUAAAAGUUGCUAUUUAAAGGUUG